GAUCAUAGCAGAGUGAGUGAGAGUGAAAAACUGGCAGCCAAAGAACAAGAAGGAGGAGGCCAUGUCAUGAGAAAGAGUGGGUGAGCAAGAAAAUGAAAGACUGAAACAGACUUCAGACAAUUGGAUGAGGAAGUAGUGAUGGUGAACACAUGGGUGUGGUUGGUUAGCAGUUACCCCAUCAGCCUUUCAGAAGUGACAUAUAGAGGAAAGCAUUGUGGAUGAUGAGGCUGUGGAUAAAUUUCUGGACUCAGGCACCACACAGGAUGGAUACUAAGAUUUAUUUGGUUUCCUUGACCUUUUUCCUGUUUGUCAUGUUAAAAGUUUCAAGGACUCAUGCUCUCACCACAGCAGAGUCUGUGAGCAGCAAUAAGGCAAACUCAACACCAAUGUCUACUUCUCCGACUCCUACUGGAAGAAGAGUGGGAGGCAGAGUCACCAGAGAUGUUGACUCCUCCGCUAAAACCUCCCCUGCUGAACAAAACACAAGCCAGCACAUUAGCACCAUCAACCCAGUCAAUGUCAAAACCACCACAUCAGAAAUGAAGACUUCAACAGCUUCCAAUGAGGAAACAACAAAUCCACAAACGAACCUCACAUCCUCUCCAGCAGUUUUUUCAGUAUCCACAGUGACAUCCUCCCCAACCAGAACUGAGAAAACCACCAACAACGGGACCCAUCAAGCUGUUGCCUGGGAUCCAAAGUGGGACAAAGACUUCACCUAUGAUUAUGACUCCCUGCGCAAUGCUGGAUUGUCCAUUGCAGCAUUACUUUUCAUACUGGGCAUCAUGGUCAUUAGCUGCAGAGUCUGUCACCUGCCCAAGUGUCACAAGAGGUCAACUAAGUCAUAUCGAGUAGUCCAGGGAUAAGGAGAGAGUGUACACGGAUAAAAGGACAGAGCUGCAAGAAACCAACCAGGAGUCCAUCAAGAGAAAAACACUCAGCCAACACCUGGCAACAUGUGUGUGCAUGCGGAUUGACUGACUAUAUGCUGCUUAGUAACAGUGUCAAAACAUGAAUCAUGCUGACAAGUGAAAAAAGUGGAACCAUCACCUUCUUAAUCUUUGUCAAAUGUUAUUUCUAUACUUUGCAAGACUGCACUAAAAAAGUAAACUGAUUAUUUAUCUUGGCAAAUAAUGAAGAUGACUCAUAUUUUAAUCACACCUUCAGUCAUGAAGCAGACUUGUUUCUUAUGAACUUUGUAACUUAUAACUGUAACACAGCCAGUGUCUCACAGGCAGGAUUAUUAUUAAAGGUUCUGAAGAAUAACCCCAUAACAUCUCAUAUUUGAUGAUCCCAAACACUUAUGUUCUGUCAGGAUCUAAAAAUGGAGCUGGGUCACUUCCUCCAUGCUCUUUACACUUUCAAUUUCAAGUCAACAAAAAUGUUUAGUAAGGGGUGUCUAAGCCUCUUAGUGGCUCUAUGCUUGUAAGUGAGUAAAGCCCUAGAUUAAACAAGAUCCAGUGGCGCAUUAUCUUUGCAUCCAUAUGGCAUAAAAAUGAUGUAGACAACAAACUGGGAGAAACCAAGCAAAUUUUAUAACAGAUUUAAUGUCAAAAUCAACACAAUCCAGAGUUCAGCAUGCCUACUUAAUACAGUAGUAUUUACUGUUCUAAUUGCUAUCAGAACAAAAGAAAGCAGCCGUGCAGACAGAAUGAAUUCAUGAUAUACAAUCACCUACAGCAAUUGUUUUCUGAUGAGAUAUAAGGUCAUGUAUUAUAUACGUUGCAAAUAAUUUGAUAAAACAACCACUGUGAAUGUCCUUGGUGCAAAUAAUACAUAUAGUAUGGGUUAAUCUGGAUACACAAGUGCCUAUGAACAUAAGUAUUUAACCUUAAGACCAAAUUUAAACAUUUUUGCUGCAAUAUGACACUAAAAUACAAAUAUUUUACAUAAAAUUGUUUUUGGCAAAUAACUGACUCCCACUCACCACAGCUUUUUUACACAUCAUUUAUAAAUGAAUAGUGGAGAGAAGACAACACCCCUUAAUUUCAACAAGUAUAUAAACAGGCCAUUUAGCUAAUACAAUAUCUUUUCCAUCGAGACACAAUGCAAAUGCAUAGCUCAGUAAAGAUGUAAAAAUCAUAUAUAUUAAAAACUAGAAUAAUUGCGUAAGGUCAUACAAUGUCUUUAGUACGGUGGCCAUGAGAGCUCAAUGCACUGCAACUUAGAUAUAGAUCUAAGAAAUAGACAAAACACAAUCAAAUACAAAAAACGCAGUAGUUUCUGUAUUUGGUUCCGUUUUCUCUAUUUGCAGCUCAUAUCCGUAUUUGGUUCUGUUGUGUGUAUUUGGUUGUGUUUUCUGUAUUUGAUUGUAUUUUCUCACUCUGCAGCGUUUUUUUUCUAAAUGCUGUGCAUGUAUUGUCAAAUUGAUGGGGAUAUUUUCUUCAUUUGCUUGUGUUUUGUCUCUUUGUGUGUGUUUUCUUAUUGAGCUCUUAGGGCCACCACAGAAGAAGAAUCAGCCAGUUUAAAAAAGAAAUAAUCUUUUCCACAUACAUCACGUUGAGAAAGAAACAAAGCUCAACAGCUAUAUUUGUUACAUUUAGACAUCAGUAGUGUCACAGCAGAGAGGCUUUACAGGAGGGAAUAACAGAGUAGAGUUGGGUCACAUGCGUGAAGAAGGCAAAUACUGUAUUUCUCUUUGGAUUUUUAUACAAGUCUGUUUGCUUUCUACAUUUUGGAAAAAGCAUUCAAAGAGAAUACUCUGCUGCUCAAAUGUUGUUGCAUUGUGGUUUGUUUGUCCAACAGAAAUGGUGAAUAUGAAUAUGUAGACUACAAAGAUAUAAAAAACUGAAAUGUUUUGUACUGCAA